AUGAAUAAAAUCCCUACGCACAAAAAACAGGACCCUGAUACUGAAGAUUGGCGCUUAAUUGAGCUGCAGUUAAAGUCCCAAAUAACUUCUUCAAUCUACAAGUCCAAUAAAGUCACAUCAGCCCGAUAUACAUUCUUUACUUUUCUGCCUCUUAACUUAUUUGAUCAGUUUAUGAGACCAUCGAAUAUAUGGUUCUUAUAUGUUUCUAUACUAGAACUUUCAGUUCUUUCAGAUCAAGAGAGAUGAUUUUAUGGGACAUCGAUACCUUUGCUUAUAUAGCGCGUGCUUCCCUAUAGAUUUUCAAGAAAAUGCCCUUCAAAGAUAAAAAUUAUUUGAAAUUCCAAAAAGUCAAAUAUCAAUUUAAAAAUGCUAUAAUUUAUGUCUUAUUUGUCAAUUUGAAAUUUACUUUUCAGAUUUUUCAUUAAUUUAAAAACUUAAAAUUUUUAUAUAAAAGCACUUGUCCUCAGGGAUCUAAAAUGAUGCUUGUGCUAUACUUUUAGUCCUAACUGCUAUAAAAGACGCAAUAAGCGAUUAUCAACGAAGUAAAGGAGAUGGCAAAACAAAUAAUGAGCAACAUUUAGUUUGAAAUGGAAACUCAUUCAGCCCUACAAAGAGCGAAGAUAUUCUAGUUGGGCAAGUUGUGCUACUACAAAACAAGGAAAAAGCGCCUGCAGAUUUAAUUUUGUUUUGCUCAGGGUCUCCAAAUUUUUAUUGCUAUUUGGAUACUUCAGGAAUUUUAUGAUAAUUUAUUAUGAUUUUUGACUAAAAAUUUCCUAUAGGAUUAUCUAUGAGAUUAUUUAAUAAAAAAAGAAUAGGUGAGCGAGAUUUAAAAAUUAAAUCAGCUGUAAGAGAAUUACAGACUUUAAUUGACGUAUCUGACGUAAACGAAGCCUCAGCAUAUUUAAAACUCAUAAAUGGCCAAAUCAAAGUUCAAGCUCCUAAUAAAGAUUUUUCUUCCUUUUCAGGAAAACUUAUACUGGAAAAUUCCCCGAAAGCUUCUAAUAUAACUAUUGAUAAUUUCAUAUUCAGAGGAGCAAAAAUUUGUAACACCCCAUGGAUUUUUGGAUUAGUGGUUUAUACAGGCAGUGAAGGAAAAACUUGGAAAAUGAAAAAAAGCUAUAUAAGAAAAUCCUCGGUCAUUGAAAAACAGGUCAAUAAAAUUGUGAUAAUUCUGAUAGGAAUUGUUUUAAUUUUGUCACUUUUUGAAGCUUUAAUGGCGACUUAUAAUUCUGAUUUUGAUUAUGAGAAUCAUGGGCAUUAUAUUUUCUUUAAAUUUAAUUCAAUUUUCAGUCAGUUAGUUCCUUUGCCAUUAUUUGUAAUUAUUGAUCUUGUAAGAUGAAUCAGAGGAUGAAGAAUUGAAAAAGAAAAAGGCGGAAUUCAGUUCAAAACCAGUGAUAUUCAUGAAAACUUAGGCCAAAUAGAAUACUUGCUAACUGAUAAAACAGGCACUUUAACCCAAGACAAUUUAACGGUCCAACUUUGCAUUGUUGGAGAUAAUGACUACUGAGAAGGCACAGGCUCAGCAGAUGAGCUUCGAAGAGUAGGAAGAGUUGAAACCCGGAUCAAUAAUUAUCAAACUGAACGCCCAUUCAUAGAAAAUGACUCUUUUGUUAGUGCCACCCACACUUCAUUUCAACGUAAAAGUAUUGUCGACCUCAAAGCUGAUUUUCUUGCAGACCAAACUGAUGAAAUGACCCAUUAUUUCACUUGUUUUGCUUUAUGUAAUAUGGCAUUUCCCUUACUUUCCCUUUGCAGCAAGCAAAAAAUUUUUCGACUAAAGUGAAGAAUCGGCUUGGGAAAUUCAGGGUCAAAGAUACACUAAUAAAUCAUUAGAAAUAUAAUAUUAUUUUGUUGUUAAAAGAAAAAGUUUCAGUAUAUAUCUGAUAAAACACCAUAUUACGCAAGUAUAGUUCAAAUAAAAGAUUUGGCAAAAAUUGGAAAAAAAUGAAAAUUGUACAUAAUGUCUUUAACAGUAAUUGGAUUAUCUUAUGGGGAUUUAUAAAUUUUGUAAAAGAUUAGAAUUAAUAUUAUUAUACAUUUAUACUUUAUAUUAGGAUAAAUUAGAUUGAUUAUAUCUAAUUAAAAUUCUGUAUAAAAAUGAUAUAUUAAAUAAUUUGUGAAGGGUCAAAUGUGAUAAAAGUGUUAUAAAAAAUUAGUUAGUUAUUAAACGAUUUAAAUGUUAACUGCUCGAAUUGUUAAUUAUCACUUUUAAUAAAAUUCAAAAUUUCUUUAAUUUGAAAAAGGAUGUAUUAUUGAAUGUUAUAUAAAGAAAGAACAUAAAAUACAAAUUAAAGCUUAGAUUGGAAUAUAUCUUUUCAUUUUAAUAUUUGUUUGAAGUUUAUAAACUUAAUGCGAGUUAAUAUAUAUGUUGAAAAGUUCAAUGCAGCUUUAUGAAAGAAAAUUUCAUAUGGUCUAAAUUUGAUAAUAAUUAAGAAUAAAAUAGAUAGAGCAGUAGAAAUGAAUAAAAACAUUAUAUUAGGCUAUUAAAACAGUGUGUUUGCCAAUGUUUAAAAAAUGAAAGUUGAGCUUUAAGGCAGAUAACUUAAAUACGAUAGAAAUUAUACAGAGAGCAGCAAUUAAUAAAUAAUAAACGAAAUUAUUAAAGAUAAAUGGUGUUUACACAAAAUCAAUAUAUAUAAAAAAAACUUAAAAAAACAAAAUUUGACAAAAUUAAAGUAUUGAUAAGCUAAACGGAAAAAAGGUAAAUAAUUAAGAAAACACGGUUAAAAUUAAAAUUGGCAUAUUAAUUGAAAUAUAAACUAUAAAAAAUCUCAACUCAGGAAUUUCCAAGCCUAUUUUUUUUUCUCCAUAAAAAUAUUAAGAUAAUUUUGGUGCUUUUAGGAUAUCAAUAGAAUUGAUAGAUAAAUAAACAGCAGAAAUUAGUUAAAUCUGUUUAACAAUAUAUAUUAGGAAAAGCUCCACUUAGAUAAUGAAUGCGAUUUAAAUUUUAGUAAAAGUGCUAUGAUUGUUUAAUAAGCUAAUGUUUAACAAGGCUAAAAGGGGUUAUUGAGAUUUCCUUCAGAGCGCUUAUUAUAUUAUGCAUCUUCUGAUAACAAAGAUUAGGUUUAAGAUUUUGUAAGUUAGUAUUAUUACAGAAUUCUCGGUAAUUCGACCGAUGCGGAAUAUAUUCUGCUGCAUGGUUAUUUAGACAAAUAAUCUGUCAAGAUAUAUUUAGUAUUCCAGAAUUUUAACCUACUAACUUUGCCAAGUUUCUGUAAGAAAUUAGUGCUGCUGGGUAUUUCAUAUAGUACUUGGCUCCUUUAAUGGUUGAUUGCUAUAUUUACAUUAGUUGCUCUUAUCAAUACUACACUUGUUAUAUUAGUAUAAAAUGCAAAUAAUUAAUACAUUGGAUUUAAUACACUUUCCAAUUGAAAUUAAUAUACUUUGGGCCAUAUUUAGGCUUACUCAUCCUUGCUAUUUCAUUCCAUAACUAGUCUUCCAAGUAUCUGCAAGAUUUUACAAGCAUUUCUAAUUCUUAAAUUUUUAUUGUAGAAGAUGUGUAUAUUCAACCUAAAAACGUAUAUGCUUCGCUUAUGCUAUUUUUUAGAUAGGAAAAUAUAUUUUAAAAGGCUUAUUAUCUUCUCGUAAUUUAGAUAUUUAUUUAUUUUAUACAAAACAGACAAACUAAAUAAAUUUAAAUAGGGGUCUUUAUUUAAUUAAAUAAAUUAUGCCUGGCAGACCAAAAUCUACAAGUUUUAUUGUUGAAGAAGAUGAAUUACUGACUGACGAAGAAAUAUUAGCUGAAGACUGAAGACUAACUCAACUGAUUGCUGAAACUACUAGAAUUGAAUCAACAUUGCAAUGAUGUGCAAGGCAUCGCCUAAUUGCCAACCGAAUGAUAUGUGAAAACUGUGAUGAUUUUGGUACUUUAAAUAGACUCAGCAGAAGGCAAGAUUUUUAUGAAUGAAGAUGCAGUCAUUGUAAUCGCUCACAUACAAUUCGCAGUAAAUCAAUUUUUGAAAGCAGUAAUCUUUCACUGCAGCAAAUCCUGCUAAUCAUCUAUUUUUGGUCCAAUAACCAUCUGCAACAAACUACUGUUCAUGAACUUAAUGUUUCUAAUCACACUAUAAUCGAAUGAUUCAGUCUUUUAAGAGAACUUUGUGAAGAAAGCGUUACUCAAUUUAAUGAAGAACUUGGGGGAAUUGAUUAUAUGAACAAUCCUAUAACAGUUGAAAUAGAUGAGUCUUACUUCUUCCAUAGAAAAUAUCAUAGAGGGAGAUUUACAGGAGGGCAAUGAGUAUUUUGGGGCGAUUGAGCGUGGUUCAAACAAAUGCCUAAUAAAACAAGUUCCAGAUAGAACUCGUGAAACACUGGAAGAAUUAAUUAACAAGUGAAUACUUCCUGGAACAAAUAUUAUCAGUGACGGCUGACCAGCUUAUGCAAGAAUCGACGAAAUUAACGGAGGAGUCUAUAGCCAUGAGAUAGUUAUCCAUCAAGAAUGCUUUGUUGAUCCAGUUGACCCAAGCAUCCACACUCAACACAUUGAAGCCACUUGAACUCAUGUGAAAAGAAAGCUCAAAUAUCAAUUUUGGAACGCAGCGAGAAUUUUUUCCAUCAUAUUUAGCAGAAUAUAUGUGGCGCCACUCUAUUUUGAAUAGGAGUCCUUUGAAAAUAUGCUUUUAUGUAUUUCUCAAUACUAUCCAAUUUAGACAAUUAAAAUAAUUAGAAACUUAAGCAUAUGUUUCUUUUAAGGUAUUUAUUUGUGGUCUUAUAUAAGACUUAUAUUUUAUUUUUUCUGAGUUUAAUUUCUCUUAUUAAAUUAAAGUAUUCAAUUGCAUAAUUUAACUAGAUUAUAAUUUUUAGGUGGAUUCUUCAAAAUUUGGUGAGGAAAAAAUUAAAUUUAUUUGGCCUGAAGCUUCAUAUGAUAAUCUUAUUUAAUCAAAGUUAUUUAAUUCUAAAUCUUCUCUUCUUGCAAUUUAUAUGCCUAAUUAAUUUUGUUAAUAUUUGAAUUUAUUAUAUAAAAUGCAUUUCUAUCUAUCAUAUAAAAUGCAUUUCUAUCAGGCCACACAUUUUUUAUUCUAUAUAUAAUCGUGUUAUUAAUUAAUUAAUUAAUUAAAAAUCGUUCGCCUUGCGGCAUGGGUCGAGGAUUUGCACAUCUACAUGCUCAUCGCCUACGGGGAGGUCCCGGCAGACAUCCAUCCACUCCGCCUCUGAGUGGGGUUGCACCUACUGAAUCGGGCUUCUGGCUCCAAAGUCCUAAGGGCAAGCGCUCUGGGCCACAACUCCCAGUAUCGUGUUGGACACAUGCCGUCUCUGGCCAGGUGAGGUCAUCGCCAUCUCCAUGGGCUCAGCUAACCAUGCCCUUUCCAAGCGCCUUCAGAGGAAAAACCCAUGUCCCAAGGAUUAGCUCCUGGGACACGAGCAAAACCCAGUUGAUACACACCAAGGACUACCCUACUAUUUCUCAGCUUGGUUUCCCCACCUGGGUGUUUCCUGCAGGUGUUGAGAAAAUUGCGCCAAGAGGUCUGGUCGGCUGCACCACCAUCAUAUUCAUGUGUAUUAUAUGAUCGUGUUAGAAAUUUGGUUUGCAGUAUUAAAUUCAAUACAUUUAUUAUUACAUUGAUUUUAUUUAUAUAUAAAAUACAAAAUUUUUAACUGUCAUCAUACUGAGUAUUGAUAUUAGAACGUUACAUCUGUAUUUGGUGCGAUUUGAGAUAUUAAAAUAAAUUUGAGCUAUAUCUUCUAUUAUAAAAUGCUCUUUAUUCUCUGAAAACCGUUGCUAAAAAAAAAAAUAAAUUUUUCCACUUGACAAACAUUCUUAAUCGUUUUUAGAUUAAGAUAUUAUCAGAGUUUCUACUGUAAAACUAGAUGCAAAUAAUAUGCUUUACAAUUUAUCAUAUAUUUAUAUAGCUAAUAACUCUUCAAUAAUUUCCAAGCCUAUUCUUUUUUGUUACAAAUUUUUAAAUUUUUGAUAUUUCAAUUACUUAAGUAAGGUAUAUUAUUAAAUUAAACAUAUAAAUAUAUUCUUAUUACAACAAAAUAAUAUUAUAUUUCUAAUGAUUUAUUAGUGUAUCUUUGACCCUGAAUUUCCAAGCCGAUUCUUCACUUUAGCCAAUUUUUCUCUAUUUAUUUUUUUUUAAAACAUUCAAAUUUGCAAAUAUUUAAAAUCCGAUUUUAUUUAUAAAAUUCUUUUUAGAACGUUAAUUAUUAGAAAUUUAAUAUAUUCUGAUUAAGAUUUCAUUAUUUUGGUCAUUAUUAAAUGCAUUUAUACUAAAAAUUUCUAUUAAAAAGUUUUUUUCACUGAAAAUGAGAUUUAUUAUCCCAAAAAUGGGGACUUUUCUUAUCUUUUUGCUCACUUUCCAACGGGGAGUUAGAAUAUGGAGACUACCUCACAACUGUGGCUGAGGACAAAAUUUUACUCGAAAUGUCAAAAAUCGUCGGAGUUAGCCUCACCUCCAGAGACUCUUAUAAAUGUAAAAUAAAUAUCCUUGACCAAACCAAAGAAUAUCUAAUAUGAGGCCUCCAAGAUGCAUCCCGAGAAAACAAAAGGACUAGAAUCGUCGUACAAAAUUCACGAUCAGAUGAAGUUUUAAUUUACGUAAAAGGCUCCUUAGACGCUAUGCUAGAAAUUUUAAAAGACCCUCACGAUAAGCUGCCAUUUUUAGAAAACAUUCUUAAAGAGCAGUCUACAAGCAGUUUACAAUUUAUAGUAGCUGGAUACAGAGUACUAAAACAUAGAGAAGCCCAAGAGUUUAAGCUUGGCUUAAGAAAUGCCAAACAGUGCCCCGUGAACUCAGAGCGAAGAAUUGAAUCAGUUUUCGAAGAAAUUGAAAUUGGGGUAAAUUACCUUGGCUGUGUCGGAAUUCAAGAAGAAAUUCGAGAAGACACCAAAAAUACAGUCAAAAUAUUGCGAAAUGCAGGGAUAAAACUGUGAAUUUUAAGUGGGGAUUCUGAAGAAAGUACCAUAAGCGCAGGCAUAGGGUCGUCAGCUAUACAAGAACACUAUGAAAUUAUCAGGCUUUGUCAGCCGGCGUCAGAGGUGGAGUGUUAUACGAUGCUGCAGGAGGCAUUGGAUAGUACGCUAUUUAAAGAUAACAGUUUGAAGAAAAACAGCAGCAAAGAUGUGUUUAAAGAGUCAGGGCCACUGAGGACGCCACCUGAGUCACCUAUGCAGAGUGCCCAGGAUUAUGAGUAUGAAUCGUCUAUGACUGAUAAAGAUAAUGCACAUUUAAAACAUUUGGAGACUGCAAGGGAGCCUUCUUUACCAACACUAAACCAAAGAGCGCAUAGGCUAAGUAAUGAGCUGUCUCUUAAAAGAGGAUCAAUAAACCCACUGAUAUCAAAACUGACUAGCUUUUCAAAUGCUCCAAUUAUUGAUAUAAAUAGACCUUUUUCUGUCGGAGAUUUGAGUUUUGUGCUUUCUGUUGAUAAAAAAACCUUAAUUCUCUGAAAAGAAAAUUAUUUUUUUAAUAAAUUUAGCAAAAUAUCCUAGCUAGAAUUAGCCAAAAUUAAAAAAAGAGUUAGAUCUUUGCCUUGGAAAUCCUAGUUGCAGAAAAUUAUUAGUUAUCCUUUUAUUUACAUCACAGUCCGCAUGCUUUCAUUCACUGCUCCCUGAUGACAAAACCAAAGUUGCAAAGCUACUAAAGCAAAAUUUUUCAUUUAAGCCAGCAUUUUUAGCAAUUGGGGACAGUGAAAGUGAUGUAGGAAUGAUCCAAGAAGCACAUGUAGGCAUUGGGAUUAUGGGAAAUGAAGGAGUGCAAGCAGCCAAUGCAAGCGAUAUUGUAAUAAAACAGUUUUCGGACUUGACAAGACUAAUUUUAUGUGAAGGGCAUUGGUCUUAUUCAAAUAUAUCCAAAAUUAUCUUGAUUAUUUGGUAUAAAAGUGUCUUUAUUAUUUCGCUGAUUUUUUUCUUCUCACUUUUGGAUGAAUAUUCUGGAGCUUUAAUUGAUGCUUUAAGCUUGGGGUAUUAUAUAAUGGUACUAAACAUUGCAAAUCUAAUAGGGAUGGGCGUAUUUGACCAACAAUUAACUGGAAAUGAAAUUGCUGACUCCCCCCCCUCUCCGUGAGUGAACAAAAAAAUUUUGUUCACUCACGGAGGGAGGUUAAUUUUUUUUUUUUAAAAAAAAAUAUAUAUAAAUUUUUAUAAAAAAUAUUUUUUUCGAAAUUAAAAAAAAAUCUUGAUUCGCAAAAAUUGGAAAGCAAAUAUUAAUUUAAUUUAUAAAAAUUAAACAGAAUUAGCUCUAGAUUUCAUUAUACUAAUUAUCAUUUAUAUAUCUAAAUUUUUUUCCAUAAAAAUUUUUUCUAUUAAAAAAAUUUUUGUUCACUCACGGAGGGUGGGUUUUUGGGCAAAAAAUAGCGAUUUUUCUAAUGGUUUUGUUCACUCACGGAGGGGGGGGGGGGGAGUGAGUACCCAGAAAUGCAUUCGUCUGGAGUUUAUAGUACUUUUUUUAAUAGUUAUCCUUUUUCUUUAUAUAUUGACUGCUUAUUUCUUCAUAUAUUGCUAAUAAUGGUCAAUAUAAGGAUAUUUAAUAUACUAUAUUUUUAAUUAUUGUCUUCAAGGUGUUGGCCAUGCAGGAAUUUUGACGAUUUUUUUAAGAUUUGGAGUAACUGAUAUAGUAAAAGAUGCUGGGUAUACAGAAAAUUUAUUAAUCCUUAGAUGUAUAACCAUAAUAUUAGCAACAAUGAUGGUUCAAGCACUUUCUAUACUAGAAACAAAUAGUUAUUGCAAAAAAACUUUGGCUUUUCAAGUAGUCUCAUUUGGUAUUUUUGUUGUUGUUUUGAUUGCUUAUUCUUUUGAUUCUCCAAUGUUCGAUUUAUAUGGAUUUCUUUCAAUGAUUUUUUCAUCCCCAAGAUUGAUUGUUAGCAUGAUUAUGCUCUUUUUUAUAUUUUUUUUGAUUUCUUAUACAGUAAAGACAUACUCCGCUCUUUUUGCGCCAACUUUGAUUGAUUUUAUUAAUGCACUUAAAAUCAGGGUUUUUGAUUUUGAAAUUAUAUACAAUUUAGAUAGGUUGAGAAUUAAAAAUAAAAUAAAAUUAAAAAUAGGAAAAUUAAUAAAAAUAGUAUAUCAAGGGUAAACCAAUACGAAAAUAAGCUAGAAAAAGUAUUCAAAGGCACAAGCAAAUAUAAAGCUGAAGUGGAUUCAGAGCUUUUUGAAAUAAAUUUAUUUAUGCUUCACUUUAAAUCACCUUUGCGAAGAGAAGAAUACAAUAAAGGAAAAUAUAUGUCAAGACUAAAGCCUUACAGACUCGUAGAUUUACACGACGCCUACUCCACAACGACUAUUUUCUUUGGCCUAUUAUUUUUGCUUACUCCCCCGUUUAAAAUUUGAAACAAAAUAUCAGUAAAAUUUGCAAUUUUUGGGACUUUACCCCCUUUAAAUUGUUUUUUUUCCGAUAGGAAUUUUUAUAGGUGGAAAUAUUAAGUUUUAUAAAAUUAAUUUUAACCUAAUUUUAUGUAAAAAGCGCAAGUAGAAUGCUAUUUAAAAAUUUUCAAGCUGAAUCGAUUAUGUUUUAAUUAAUUCUUUAUAAAAAUGAUUAAAAUUCAAAGUACUGUGCUAAGUUUAUAUUUUUUAAAAAAUAUUAAAGAUGAAAUUUCUGAUAUUUAUAAAAUUAGUUUUUGCCCAAUUUAAUUGCUAAAGCACAAGUAAAUUAUUAUUUAAAAUUUUCACACCGAACCCAAUUAAUUUUUUUAUUUAAUUCUUCGUAAAAUAAAUUGAAUUCAAAGUAUUGCGCUCAAUUUAUAUAUUUUAAAUAAUUUAUUUAAUGAAAAAAAUUAAUUUUUAUCGAUUUAAUGUCUAGUGCAAUUAGAAUACUAUUUAACACUGAAUCGAUUUAUAUUUUUUAAUUUUUCUUCAUAAAAAUAAUUAAAAAUUAAAGUAUUGUGCUCAAUGAUAUUUUUUUAUAGCAAGGCACCAUAAGAUUUUAAGAGAAAAUUUUUUUUUGUUAAAAUAUUAAUUAAUCCCCCUUUAAAUUGGAACAGGAUUUUGUUCCAAUUUAAAGGGAUGGGGGAGUUAAUUGUUUUUGAUUGUCUUAUGUCCCAAUUGAUGUGGAAAUAACUCCAUAUUGAUUAUUUGAGGUAAUUUUCAAUACAUUUAUUCUAUUAUUUUUACAGAAAUUAUGAUAUAAUUUUUUAGAAUUUAAAAAAAUAGAAAAAAGGUUAACAAAAGAAUAAGCCAACAAAAUAGAGAUUUGCAAAAAUAUUCUUUAUGGUGUAGGCGUCAUGUGAAGGAACCUUACAGACUAUUUAUUGCAUUUAUUACGAUAUUUGCAAUAAUAGCAUUAAUUGUUCAUUUUGCAAGAGAGGAAAGCAAUAUAAUGGUAGGCACUGAAAUUAUAAUUACCCUUUGUCUUUCUAUCGGUUAUCUUAUUAUAAGCUGGUCAAAAUAUUUUAUAAAUAAUUUGCGAUGCUUCAUAAUUGCUUAUUAUCUUAUCAUAUAACAAAGCCAAAUAAGCCGAAUGCACAAAAUAAUAGCAAGAUAUCUUAUUCUAUAGAAUUUUCUGUUUCUCUUUAAUAUUGUCAAAAUUAUAUUUAUAUUACAAGGAAUACUAUUUAUUGCAUUAACAGCUACAUAUGAAGUCUAUGUCAAAAAUGCUACAAUUGAAGCUGUCUAUCCUUUGACUUUUUUAUUAGCUUUUAAUGUUGACUGAAUAAUCCAAGUCGUCUGUAAUUGUAUAAUUACUAUUUUUGUCAUAUUAAAAGUCUCAAGGCUAUUUGAUUCAACUUUUAGCAGUGUAGAUUUGACAGUAACUGCUGUUCAAUAUAUGAUUUUUUGGCUUACUAUUGAUAUUGCAUGCUUAAUUGUAGCCUAUAAUAUAGAACUGUCAAGCUUAAAUGAAUUUAUUUUAAUUAAAAAGGUAAGAACUGAGAUGCUUAAGGCCAAAGACGUGCUGGAGCUCCUGAUGCCAAAAUUCGUAAGCUCAUUUUUUUGUAUUAUUUUUUAGGAAAUUAAAUAAAGAAAAAUGCUAAAUUUAAUAGAAAAAGGAAUAUUAAAAAGGGUAAAAGACGGAAUCAGAUAUAUUGCAGAUGACCAAGGAAUUGUAAGCGUUUUAUUCUGCAAUAUAUGCGAUUUCGAUUAAGAUUAAAGAUUAAGAUAACUCUUUGUAGACCCCCACUUAGCACGGGAUCUAAUAAUACAAGCCCCUUCUUCAUGAAUUCCAUCCACUGGCUAACAGCUCUGAACAACGGUAGGUGGAAUCAGCCUAACUGUCGAACCGUUACAGUAGCCUAUGGCCCAGAUGAGUCUCGCUUCGCUCCUUGAAUGCUGUUCAAGUACACUUGGUGCUGCCGAAGCAGUCCCAACGCUAAUUUCCUUCAGAAAGACUGAACUUCCCUCACUAGGACGAGUAUAGGGGACGGAACCCCUAACUCAUACAUUCCAUUUUUAAUUGUGGUGAUUUCGAUUUAAUUACUAUUGAUUUCACGCCUCAAGAAAUUACUUCUAUGCUCGAUGAUAUUUAUGGAAAAUUUGACCAGCUCUGCGAAUUAGUAGGAGUCACUAAAAUUGAGACAGUAGGGAAAACCUAUAUGGCUUGUGCUGGUCUAAAGGAUAGCGAGUCCGAGCUAUAUUUUAUAUAUAUAAAUUUAUAUUUAUUUAAAAUAUAGCCACCAUAAUUUUUAUUAUAAAUAAGAAAAAGACAUAAAAAAAUAGAAAAAGGUAAUAGAGCACAGAGUAGACACAAAUUUCAGAUCAGUCCCACAUGCCAGAAGAGUUAUUGAAAUGGGGAUAGAAAUCAUCAAUUGUGUCCAAAAAAUGACUACUAGAAACGGCGAACCCCUACACGUCCAAAUCGGAAUCAACAGUGGUCCAGUUACCGCAGGUGUAGUCGGAGCCCACAAGCCUCAAUAUUCUCUUGUCGGAGACACUGUAAACACAGCCAGCCGAAUGGCAACCACCUUAAAAGACAAAAACGCUAUACAAAUAUCAAACUCCACCUAUGAGCUCCUAGGUAAUAAACGCGGUCUGUUAUUUAUCCCUCAAAUUGUAUAUGCAAAAGGUAAAGGAAAUAUGGAAACUUUUAUUGUAAAAGUUGACAAUAUACCCCCAGAAGGACUUUUAACUGAUUUUACUAGGCGAGGAGAUACUGUAAAAACAACACUUUCGCUGUUUAUGUCAGGGUCGAUGCUGAUGCCUACCAUAAGUAUGCACGUUUCAAGCUUCAGCGAUUUGCCAUCACCUGGGCUGAUAACUAUGGAAACUAAAAAAACUAGUGGAUUAUACACAAAUUUGAUUAAUGGAGAAAAAGAAAAAGUUUUCAAGAAAAAAGAAACAAGUCUAGAAAAAAUGAGCGUGAUCUCUUUCAAAUGCUAUGAAACUGAAGAAGAAGCUGCCUUCAGAAAGCUGACUUUAGAAGAUAACUAUAUUAAUUUAAAUAGUGAGCUUAUAUACCGUGAGCUCGGCUUUAAAUCGACCUGAGAAUCCCCUCCCCGAUCCCUUGACGGUUUCAGCUUUAUUGAAAUGAAUUUGACUUGUCAUCUUGAAUUAACAAUUUCGUUCAAACUGAAACCGUCAGGGGGAGGGGGAGUUUCAGGUCGAGCCAUAUCUGUUCUGAAGGUAUACUAGGACUUCUUUCAGAUUCCUGCUCACUUAUUAUCCAAAUUGUAUGGGUUGCUACUGACAAUUAUAACACUUUGUUUUUUAUUGUCUAUUUUCCUUUUGAAAUUGCUGGGUUUUUGCUUUUAUUGUGGCUAUUAAAUGAAAAUUACAAAGAAAAAUGGUAUGCAUGAUGUCUUCAGCUUUUUUUUGCUUUGGGGUCAUUAAGCUUUAUUUUGGCAAGUGUGUGGCUUGAAAAUGAUUUAAACCAAUUAGUUGGGCUUGGGGCACUAAUCCAUAUAAUGCUACUUACACAUGGGUCAAUGAUUUUUUUUGGACAUAUAAUAGCAUUUGCAGUGCUUGCAACACUUGGAUGGAUUGUUGCAGGAAUUUUUGUGGAUAUUCCUGAUAUUGUCCUGCGCCAGACCAUUUAUAUGGUCGGAUUUGUGGUUUUAUGCUUACAGUCCUUUAUUAAAUUGGUAUAAAUAUAGAUAAAAUUUAUAAUUUUUUGAUAAAUACCCCUUCAAAUUUUAAUUUUUAUAGGUAAAAUAAAUAAUUAUUAUUUCCUGUAGUUUUUUUAGAUAAUAAUUAUAGAAUUGCUUCAAUUUAAUGAGGGUAGUUAGUUACCUUAUAUUACAGGGUCAAAAAAUUAUGGACAUAUAGCCACUUGCGGACAAAUUCCCAGAAUGAACUAAAUACUAUAGAAGAGCUGGUAAAUAAAAUGAUGCCACCUCACGCAUAUAUGAAUUUAAAAGAUAAACACUCAGUGACUGAUAGGUUUUCACAAGUGACUAUUUUGUAUGCAGAUAUUGUUGGGUUUACAGCGUGGUCUAGUGAUAAAGCUCCUGAUGAAAUCCUUGGGAUGCUUUAUGAGCUGUUUUCUAGGUUUGAUAAUUUGUGCCUUGUGCAUAAUGUUUAUAAGGUUCAUACCAUUGGGGAUUGUUAUGUAGCUAUGGGGUAUACAGGAAAUACUAAAAAUAGAGAUCCAGGCCAGAUAAAGAUUAAGAUUUAUACGGCUAUAAGUGAACCCCACUUGCUGGACUGCCUUGGCUUCAGGAGAGGUAGCCUAACCGGAGCAUAUACACCUGAGUGCAAAUUGUGUAAGGCCCAACUAAAAAUUCCACCUCUUGAAUUUUCUGGCGAGAUUCACCUAGCCUAAGGAUCAGCUCACUAGGCUAGAGCCACUCUUUUUUAGGGUGGCUCAAUAGACUCGAUAGAUGAAAACCAAUCUAUCCCAUCUAGCAGGGACAGGAAAAUCUUUGGGUGAGAAACAAAGCUUCCCUCUUUGGCAAGACUUUCCCCAAAUCUGAAGCCUCCUUGAAAACUAUACAGAGCUCUCAGGAUGGGCCCGGCCUGCUCCAUAAGGAGUGCGCUUCGGAGACCAAUUUCCAUCAUCGUCACCAUUUAUUUUUAACUCAGGCCAGGAAUGUGUGAAUAUGGUUGAAUUUGCUCAGGCAAUGAUAAAUAUCAUACAAGAAGUAAAUGAAAUAGGCUCUUCUAAAUUGAUUUUAUCAUAGAAAAAUAUAUCAUUAUAUAUUUAUUAUAAUAAAAUCAGUUCUCGAUAUUAAAAAUUAAUUUUACAUUUAAAUUAACAUUGAAUAAAUGGUAUCAAUUUAAAUAUGAGAAUUGGAAUGCACACUGGAGAUGUAAUAGGAGGAAUCAUUGGAAGAUACAUUGUAAGAUAUGAUAUUUAUGGCUCUGGCGUUCUCGUUGCGAAUUUAAUGGAAAGUAAUGGAAUCCCUGGAGAAAUCGCCAUCAGUGAAGUCACACAAAUGCUACUGAAGAGAUUCCGCCCUUCAAAAUACACCUUUCAGCACGUCAACGAAAUAAAUGUUCCAGUUUUACAAAGAAGUUAUAAAAUAUAUACAAUUCACAACUCUUUAUAA